CAUGGCAGAGGAAGUAAGACACAUCUUUGGGAAUAGCACGUUUUUCCAUGGACUUCUACCUCUCGUGGGGCUUCUGUUGGGCGCCUGCAUUGGUGUGUGGGCCAACAAGGUUGUGGUUCCUGAGCAGGUGACUGCAGUGCUGGGGAAAAACGUUACUUUGACCUGCAGGAUGGAGGUCAGCACAAACCUCAGUCUGACCCAGAGUUCCUGGGAACGCCGUCUGCCCUCCGGCACCGUAACUUUGGCUGUCUUCAACCCCCAAUACGGGACCUCCAUAGCUGACGAGUACAGCAAACGUGUGCACUUCAUCAAGCCCUCAGUGUAUGAUGUAUCCAUUGUCCUGCAGGGCGUGGGGUUUGCAGACAUUGGGACCUACACUUGUAAAGUUGUCACGUUCCAACUUGGAAACAUGCAAGCAUCCACAACUGUGGACAUUAUGGUGGAGCCAAAGGUCUAUGUGUCUCCUGGUUCCUUGUCUCUGUUGGAUGGAGAUGGUAAAACUCUGGUGGCGACAUGUACAGCUGAAAGGGGUCGUCCAGCAGCAGAGGUCUUCUGGGAAUCAGACCUGCCGGGCCAGACAGCAGUCGUCACACAGCCGGAGCCUGAAGGCACUACCACCACUUUAGUACACUACGUCUGGGCCCCCACCCGGGAUGCAUUUGGUCGGUCCCUCAGCUGCGUUGUACGUCACCCGGCCCUAUCCCAGGAUUUCCGCAUUCCCUACCGGCUCAAUGUGUUUUUUUCUCCAGAUGUUAUGGUGAUGGGCCAGCAGGAUGUGUGGUACAUGGGACAAAAAAAUGUACAGCUGGACUGUAGAGCCAAUGCCAACCCACCUGCUCUUUUGUACCUCUGGACCAGGUCUACUGGACGCCCAAUGCCUGCAGGUGUGGACACAUCUAAUGGCAGCCUGGUGUUUACUCGUCCUUUAGAGCCGAACGACUCUGGACAAUACAGAUGUGAAGUUCAGAACGACGUUGGACAGAGCUUUAAGGAUGUACGCUUCCUGGUACAAGAGCCGCCGCCCCCGACCACUGCAGCCCCCACCACCACCAGCACCACCAAGUCCAUCCUUCCUGACACCACCUUAACCAUCACAGCUCCCAUCAACCACCAUGCCCACUUCACCGCACCAACUCAGGCCUCUCCUCCGGACAGCAGUCUGGGCACUAUAGUGGGCGGUGCUGUCGGUGGGAUCCUGAUCCUGGUGUUGCUGAUGGCGCUGGCGGGGGCUUUCUACAUGCGUCAGCGCCGAACAUUCAGAGGAGACUACUACACCAAACAGUACAUCGGCCCAUCCGACAUGCAAAAAGAGUCGCAACUGGACGUCCUUCAACCCCAUGAGCUUCAGGACGUUUACGGAGACGACUCGGGCAACGGAAGCCAAGACUUGAAGCCCAAACCCGAAGGAGACAUUAUCUAUCCCGAUUAUCCCAGUGACCACAAAGACAUGGAGGGCUGGGGAGACAAUCUCAGCCUUCAGAGAGAGGGAACAUAUUACUCCGACCACCACAACCAUCAUAAUGUGAACCCCAGUGGGCCGCCGCUACACAACGGCUCCCCUUACCUGCAGGAUGAGUGCUACGACAACGGCACAGACAGCGACUAUGUGUCUCACGUGGAUGGUUCUGUGAUUUCACGCAGGGAAUGGUAUGUUUGAAAAGGCAGGGGAACUUUUACUGGACAACAAUAAUUUAAAAUCAGCAAGAAAGUGUUAUUUAACUCAGCAGAGUGAGAUAAAGUGUACGUUAUAAAUGUAUUUUAUGUAUUCUUCAUGCUUGGUUUACGAUUUCAUCCUCACGUUUUACACAUGGCAAAUGGCUGUAAUUUACUGCAGAUAUGUUCUGGAUGGUUUUCGUUCGGUGGACUGCUGUGACUUCAGGAUGUAAAGGGAGAGGUUUACAUGGUUUAUGAUCAUAGGGUGGAUUUACACAAAGAAAACAAGUCUGCUAAAAUUAAGCUACACUGUGUGCGUAACCAUUCCAGUUACCACAUUGCACAUGACUGUUAGCUUUAAAACCAGAUGCAGCGUAUUCUUGGUACCUUCCGCUCACUUUUUUUAUUAAAUGUAUACAUAUGACUUCUCCAGUGUAGGAGCAAAACAUGACUUUAUUUUCACAUGAAGAGACACAUGAACGGAGUUUGAAAGUCUUGAGUCUUACGUUUUGAU